AUGGUGUUUUCGGAUGUUUUGAGGCCGUCAGAAUCAGCGAAAUAUGUGAUGAAGCACGGGAACUUGGUGAAAAUCAAUAGAAAUGGUGUGGAAAAUGUGGCAAAACAGGUAUUUUUCGAGUUUCAAUUAAAAAAAGAGAUUUUCUGUUUUCAGAUCCUGAGAGCUGUCAAAGAUGGUUCGAUAGAGCAAGUCGCAUUCGCCGCCCAUAAAUUGCACCCGAAAACCGCCGACAAAACGGCGAUUCAGUGGGUUUUUCUAAUCGAUACGGUGAAUUUCUCGUUUUGGCCCGAUGAGGGGGAACAUUAUGAUGUUAGUUAUAAUAGCGAGAAAUACACGGGAUAUUAUGCGGGCUGUGCGGCUUUGAAUCGAGCUUUGGAUUCGGGAAUCAAUGUUUUGGAUGCGAAAUGGAUGGCUGAAGUGGGAUUGGAGGAAAUUGAUCGGGUUUUUAAGAGUGGUAAGGGUUUUGGGUCAGAAAAUGCUCAUAAGAAACUCUCGGAACUCAAAAAUCAUCGAAAAAUCACUGGGGAGCUCAAAUUUAAAUUGCAAAACAUUUUUAUUUAUUGAAAAAAUAUCAAAUGUCUAAUUUUUAUGGUCCUGAAGUCUUCCUAGGCUUUAAAAUCCGGAAGAAUUCAAGUCCGGAUUUAGAAAGGCUUCAGAAUCCUAUAGAGUCUGAGAAAAUCUGAUUUUUUGUCUUCUUCAAAACCACAAAUCUUCCAUCUGGACUACAAAGCCUAAAAAUCUCGAAUUUUAAGCCUAAAAGGCCCCAUUUUUCAGAUUCCGGUCACUCGAUUCCCCUUCUCGAAGAGCGCGUAAAAGCCAUCAACAACUCUGGCCAAAUUUUGCUCCAAAAAUUCGACGGAUAUUUCUAUAACGCAAUUUUGGCCGCCCAGAAAUCGGCUCAAAAUUUGCUUGAAAUCAUCGUCGAGAAUUUCGAAAGCUUUCGUGAUUUUGCCGUGUUUCGUGGUCAAAAAAUUUCGCUUUUGAAGAGAGCUCAAAUUCUGGUGGCCGAUUGUUAUGGUGCAUUGGCGGGAAAGGAUGA